UCUAUUCUUGUCUCCAGGGAGACUCGUGGCCUAAGUAACUGCCCUUUCAGGAAAGUCCCAAGUCUGGGUCCAUCGUUCUAGUUCCUGAGCCUGAUUCUCAGUCCCCUGAAGCCAUCUCCCUUGAUAUUCCUGCAGAAAAUGGGCGUGAAGCUGACCCACCACAACAAGGAAACAGUACGGCACAGUGACGUGCUCUUCUUGGCUGUUAAACCUCACAUCAUUCCAUUCAUCCUGGACGAGAUUGGGUCUGACAUCAAGGAGAGGCACAUCAUCGUCUCCUGUGCCGCUGGUGUUACCAUCAGCUCCAUUGAGAAGAAACUGACAGCAUUCCAGCCAGCCCCCAAGGUCAUCCGCUGCAUGACCAACACCCCGGUGGUGGUCCGGGAAGGAGCUACUGUGUACGCCACAGGGACCCACGCCCUGGUGGAGGAUGGGAGGCUCCUGGAACAGCUCAUGAGCAGCGUGGGCUUCUGCACGGAAGUGGAGGAGGACCUGAUAGAUGCUGUCACGGGACUCAGCGGCAGUGGCCCUGCCUAUGCAUUUAUGGCUUUGGACGCACUGGCAGAUGGUGGAGUGAAGAUGGGCCUCCCAAGGAGAUUGGCACUCCGCCUGGGGGCACAGGCCUUGCUGGGAGCCGCUAAGAUGCUCCUGGACUCAGAGCAGCAUCCAGGACAGCUCAAGGACAAUGUUUGCUCCCCUGGGGGAGCCACCAUUCAUGCUUUGCACUUCUUAGAAAGUGGUGGUUUUCGAUCCUUACUCAUCAAUGCUGUGGAGGCCUCCUGCAUCAGGACCAGGGCACUGCAGUCCAUGGCUGACCAAGAGAAGAUCUCCCCAGCUGCCAUCAAGAAAACCCUCCUAGACAAGGUGAAGCUGGAGUCACCUACUGUAUCUACACAUUUAUUUAACAACAGAGUCAAGCCAAUUAAUCAUACUCAGACCCCUGGGGUCAAGAAGGACUGAGAUGGAUUUACCUCCUAUUGAUCAAGCCUUCACUUUAUCUCCUUUCUACCCUUCAGGUCCUUCUUUUCCCUGAGCUCUGAUCCUAAAUCUUCAGGGAGAGGGGAGCCUCAGUGACAGUCAUUUCCUCAGGAAUGAAACUACUUUAAAUCUGUUUACAUCAGUGUGGAAAAGUGGGCCUAGAGGCAUUGAAUUACUACAUUUAACUAGAUUUCUCUCUUAGGAACAGAAGACAGAAGAGCCAGAAGCAGCUUUUAGGGAGCAGUGGCAGGGAAGAAACUGUUGUUCUGUUCUUUUCUCUUGUCUUCUCCCACUGUUAGUUUCUUUCUCAUUCAGCUGAGACACAAGUCAUAGAUCCAGGUGUUAGUAAUAUGUGGGGACUUGAGCUUCAGGAAGGUGCUAUCAGGGGCAGUUUUGAAUCUCACAAGAUAAGGAAAAGAACAAGGGUGCCUCUGAUGCUAUGAAGUGGAAAGGUAGAACUAGUAAUCACUUGAAUUUGAAUAAGAAAGUAUCAAAUUGUACUUGUAGGAUUUGAAAAAAAUUGUGCUUUAUAGGUAUCAUCUUUUAAAAUACUUUUAAUAGUAUUUGGUUGUAACAUGGGGCUAUUGUUCAUUUUGUUUCAAUAAAAUUAUAUUCUUUAUUUUUAA